UGUGACGGUGCGCGGAUUACGGCGGUCCGGCCGUCCGAUUGUCCCCAUCGCGAAGACGGACCUUCCGCCGUAAAGCGGGCGCGGAUUACGGCAGUGUGUCGGCGAUGGCCACCUCGGCGUCGUCCUCGUCGUCGUCGGCGGCGGGCGGAGGGUUCGGCGUGUCCGAGCUGUCGCCGCCGCGGAAGGUGCUCUUCACCUCGCCCAAGGCGGCGGGCGAGCUGCUGGAAGAUGCCACAGAGAGAUUCUUGUGUGAAGCAGUUUUCAGUUAUCAGGUGGCACACACAUUAAGGCAGGUAAAACGAGAACAACAAUGCUCACGGAUGGAGAAGCUGGCCAGUUUGGUUGAAGAAUUGGAGGCCGAUGAAUGGCGCUACAAACCAAUAGAACAGCUGCUGGGAUUUACGCCUUCCUCUGGAUGAGACAUUGGGUUUAUUUAGUAGCUGAAAGUUUUAUGCUUCUUGGCAAAUCAAAACUAUGGGAGAAAUACCCCAAAUUAUCUCUGUAAAAAUGUACACAAGUGUUUUGAAUGUUUUUAAUCAUACUGUACAUGGAAUUCUGUGUUCAAUAGAUCUAUUUGAAAUGAUCUUUUUCAUGACACAUGGAACUGCAUGUUAAACUGUGUAAAGUAAUAAAUUUUGACCUUUUACAUACUGA